AUGAUCUCUGGUGUCGGCAUCACUAGCGACUCGUCAAAGAAGUACAACGCCAUUGACCCGAACCUGGUCCAAGUUGGCAGCCAGUACUAUCUCAACUUCGGCAGCUACUGGCAGGGCCUCUACCAGGCAAAGAUGAAGCCCAACCCAACGAAAAAUACCGGCGAGGUCGCGAACCAAGUGGCGUUCACGUCCAACUACGAGGUGUUGGAGGCUGCAUUCCAGUUCGCCUAUAAGAGCUACUACUACAUAUUCUUCUCCAAGGGAUCAUGCUGUGGCUACGACAAGACUCGUCCCGCAAAGGGCAAGGAGUACCGUAUCCUCGCGUGUCGUUCAAAGAGUCCAACUGGAGGCUUUGUCGACAAGAACGUGGAUACCCGUGUCGGCUACGCAGACGGCGACAAGCGCUUUGGCUGGAACAAGAUCGACUUCUCCAGCGGCUGGCCCAAGGUGUAA